AUGUCGGCUUUCUUCCGGACCUCGCGCCUCGUGCGCCCUGCUACCCUGUCUGCUCGAGCGCAUGCUACUCAACAUAUCCGUCGGACACUCGCCACAGCCGCUGAGAAGCCCUUCUUCUCAGAUGAGCCCGAGGGUCCAACCGUGUCGACAGCUAUUCCCGGCCCGGAAGGCAAGAAAGCCAUUGCCCAGCUCGACAAGGUCUUUGACACUCGGAGCUUGAACUUGCUUGCCAGAUACCCCGACUCCGUUGGUAAUUAUAUUCGGGACCCUGACGGCAAUACCUUCCUUGAUGUGUAUGCCCAAAUUGCCUCUAUCCCUGUUGGCUAUAACAAUCCUGCGCUGGCAGAGGCCGCUCGCUCGCCUGAAAUGGUCACUGCUCUCAUAAACCGGCCCGCUCUCGGCAACUUCCCCUCUGACGACUGGGCAUCAAUCCUUGAGACUGGUAUUCUGACAGUUGCUCCCAAAGGUUUGAACCAGGUCUUUACCGCCAUGGCUGGUUCAGACGCAAACGAAACUGCCUACAAGGCCGCUUUCAUGUGGAAGCGUCGGCAAGAACGUGGCGGGCCGGACGUUGAUUUCACCAAUGAAGAAACUACCUCAGUCAUGAACAAUCAAUCCCCCGGUGCUCCUCAACUCUCCAUUCUCUCUUUUAAGAAGGCCUUCCACGGCCGGCUUUUUGGCAGUUUGAGUACUACUCGCAGCAAGCCCAUCCACAAACUCGAUAUCCCCGCGUUCAAUUGGCCCCAGGCUUCUUUUCCUGCUCUCAAAUACCCUCUGGAGGAACACGCCGAGGAGAACGCCAAAGAAGAAGCUCGCUGUCUCGAAGAAACCGAGCGGCUGAUCAAAGAAUGGCCUCAGCCCCCGGCCGCUGUCGUCGUUGAGCCCAUCCAGUCCGAAGGUGGUGAUAACCAUGCUUCGCCUGCCUUCUUCCGGGGCCUGCGGGAACUCACCAAGAAGCAUAAUAUCCUAUUCAUUGUAGACGAAGUGCAGACUGGUGUUGGUGCAACGGGCAAAUUCUGGGCGCAUGAACACUGGGACCUCCCUUCGCCGCCUGACAUGGUGACUUUCUCCAAAAAGGCCCAAACGGCAGGCUACUACUAUGGGAACCCCGAGCUGCGGCCCAACAAGCCAUACAGACAGUUCAACACAUGGAUGGGUGAUCCGGCCCGCGCAAUCCUGUUCCGCGCCAUCAUCAAAGAAAUCGAGCGCCUCGAUCUCGUGAACCACACUGCCCAGGUCGGUGAUUAUCUCUAUGCCGGCCUUGAGCGCCUUGCGGGCCAGUAUCCCGACCAGAUUCAAAACUUGCGCGGAAAGGGCCAGGGCACUUUCAUUGCGUUUGACUCCCCCCAACGUGACGCCUUCUUGAAGAAUGCCAAAUCUUAUGGAGUAAACAUUGGUGGAAGCGGUGAGACUGCGGUCCGUCUACGACCCAUGCUCAUCUUCCAGCAGCACCAUGCUGAUAUCCUUUUGGACGUUGUCGAGAAGCUCAUCAAAUCAUGA